GUCGCUGGGGUGGGGCCAGGUGACAGGAAAUUUCUGGUGGGCUUUCGCGGCUCCGCUGGGUUGGCAGCCGCUUGAGCCACUGCGAGGAAAGCAAAGUCUGGGCCAUGGAGAUGAGCCUAGUCCUGCUGUUCCUGACCCGCACUGCCCUUUUUGCACCCCAGGGAGCUGCUGCUGAGCCCCACAGUCUUUGUUACAACCUCACGGUGCUGUCCCGGGAUGGAUCUGUGCAGUCAGGGUUUCUCGCUGAGGGACAUCUGGAUGGUCAGCUCUUCCUGCUCUGUGACAGGCAGAAAGGCAGGGCAGGGCCCCGGGGACAGUGGGCAGAAGCAGUCCUGGGAGCUGAGACCUGGGACACAGAGACUGAAGACUUGACAGAGAAUGGGCAGGAGCUCAGGAGGACCCUGGCUCAUAUCAAGGGCCAGAAAGGAGGCAGACUACAUGCAAAAGCUAUGGUGAUAUCUGAAAUUCUGGAGGUAUCAGAAAAACAGCCUGCCCAUCCUGGAGAGCUACCUCCUAGCCCCACGACCCAGGAGCCCACCCCGACAACCCUCUCCUCAGCAUCAAAGCUGGAGUCCCAGAGUGUGAGGCCACAGUCCUGAGGCCCAUCUUCCAGCAAGCCUAGGGGAAUUGGACCCCAGGUAAGGACCGAUUUGCAGAAGGUCUGGGGUCAGUGUGGGUUUCAGCGAGAGUCAGAACAAUAGAGAGGACCAGUCCUGUUCCCUGUAUCUCC